AUGGAAGGGAAACGUCUUUCGAAGAAUAAGAAAGACUUCUUGGACUCAGGCAAAUUCUCUAAGCAUAAAAGGCCAGUUUCUCCGGGAAGAGGACGUCAGCCAAAGUCCCGAAGGAGUCGUUCCAGGAGUUGCGACUAUCAGGAUGCAGCCAAUCCAGGAAAUAACUUAUAUGUUACUGGCUUAUCCACAAGAGUUACCGCCGGUGAUAUUGAGAAGUAUUUCGGCAAUGAAGGUAAGGUUGUGGAGUGCCAUCUAGUCACAGAUCCACACACCAAAGAAUUUCGUGGAUUUGCUUUUGUGACCAUGGAAACUGUCGAGGGUGCAGAACACUGCAUCAAGUAUUUGAAUCGUUCAGUAUUUGAAGGUUGAUUAAUCACUUUGGAAAAGGUAUUAAUUCAUACAAAGGAUCUAGUUGCUAGUUUAUAGUGAAGCUAAAUCAUUCGAGGAAUUUCAUCUUAAAUAUUGCUUUCUU